CUUUCCAGAGUGCUAGGAUCACAGUUGGCUCAGAUAACUGUGAUGGCCAUGCAGGAGAAAUACCCUGCGGAGAGGAUUUCUCAUGCCACUUCACCAGGUUCCAGUGUGAUUCAGAAGGGCAGUUCUCUGGGGACUGAAUGGCAGACCCCAGUUAUCUCGGAGGCCUUUCGGAGCCGCUUCAGCCGCUGUUCAAGUGUAGCUGACAGUGGGGACACAGCCAUUGGCACAUCAUGUUCAGACAUUGCAGAGGAUUUUUGCAGCUCAAGUGGCAGCCCUUCUUUCCAGCCCAUCAAAAGCCACGUAACCAUUCCAACAGCCCAUGUGAUGCCUUCUACUUUAGGGACCUCUCCAGCCAAGCCAAAUUCUAUACCUGCUAGACCCUCUUCCUCCAAACUUCCUUUGUCAGGGUUGGCUGAAAGCGUGGGGAUGACAAGAAAUGGAGACCUCGGUGCAAUGAAACAUUCUCCGGGCCUGUCUAGAGAUCUCAUGUAUCUCUGUGGUGCUACUGGAGAAAAUGGAAUUGAGCAGUCCUGGUUUCCAGCAGUGGGCCAUGAAAGAGAGGAACAAGUGAGAAAGUUUGAUAUUCCUAACAUGGAAUCUACCCUCAAUCAAUCGGCAAUGAUGGAGACACUUUAUUCAGAUCCUCACUACCGAGUCCAUGUACACAACCCAAGAACUGACACAAACAAGGAGUUGUACAAAGUGUUGCCUGAGGCCAAGAAAGCACCAGGCAGCGGGGCAGUAUUUGAGCGGAAUGGACCACACCCUAGCAGCAGCGGGAUGCUCCCUUUGGGACUCCAACCUGCUCCUGGGCUCUCCAAGCCUCUACCCUCUCAGGUAUGGCAGCCGAGUCCUGAUACUUGGCAUCCCCAUGAGCAAUCUUGUGAACUCAGCACUUGUCGGCAGCAACUGGAAUUGAUCCGCUUACAGAUGGAGCAAAUGCAGCUUCAGAAUGGAGCCAUCUGCCACCAUCCUGCUGCUUUUGCUCCUUCACUGCCCAUCUUAGAACCAGCACAAUGGAUCAGCAUCUUGAACAGUAAUGAACACCUUCUGAAGGAAAAGGAGCUUCUCAUUGACAAACAGAGGAAGCACAUCUCUCAUCUGGAGCAGAAAGUGCGAGAGAGCGAACUCCAAGUCCACAGUGCACUUUUGGGCCGCACUGCCCCCUUUGGGGAUGUUUGCUUGCUGAGGCUACAGGAAUUGCAGCGAGAGAACACUUUCUUACGUGCACAGUUUGCACAGAAGACAGAAGCCUUGAGCAAAGAAAAGAUGGAGCUUGAAAAGAAACUGUCUGCUUCAGAAGUGGAAGUCCAGCUCAUCAGAGAGUCGCUCAGAGUGGCAUUGCAGAAGCAUUCUGAGGAGGGGAAGAAACAGGAAGAAAGGGUCAAGGGUCGUGAUAAACAUAUCAAUAAUUUGAAAAAGAAAUGUCAGAAGGAAUCAGAACAGAACAGAGAGAAGCAACAGCGUAUUGAGACCUUGGAGCGCUACCUGGCUGACCUGCCCACUCUGGAAGACCAUCAGAAGCAGAGCCAGCAGCUUAAGGAUUCUGAAUUGAAGAGCACAGAGCUGCAGGAGAAAGUGAAUGAGCUGGAGAAUUUGCUGGAGGAAACACAGGCAAUCUGCAGAGAGAAGGAGGUUCAACUGGAAAGUCUGAGACAGACAGAAGCAAAAUUCUCCUCCACUAAACAUAGCCUGCAAGAUAAGCAGUCUAUGGAGGACAACAGUGGAGAAGGUCCAAAAGUGGAAAUGCAGUCCUGGCAGAAGGAAUGUGAUUCCCUCCAAAAGAUUGUGGAGAAGCAACAGCAAAAGAUGGAUCAGUUGCGCUCACAAGUACAGAGCCUAGAGCAAGAAGUGGCUCAAGAAGAAGGAACAAGCCAGGCCCUGAGAGAGGAGGCCCAGCGGAGGGAUGCAGCCCUCCAGCAGCUGCGCACAGCCGUGAAGGAGCUUUCAGUGCAAAACCAGGACCUGAUUGAGAAGAAUCUGACGCUCCAGGAACACCUGCGCCAGGCCCAACCAGGAUCUCCAUCUUCACCAGACAUGGCCCAGCUGGCACUUGAGCUGCACCAGGAGUUGGCCAGUUGCCUUCAAGAUCUGCAGGCUGUCUGCAGCAUUGUGACCCAGAGGGCCCAGGGCCAUGACCCCAAUCUCUCCCUGCUCCUGGGCAUUCACUCGGCACAACAAUAUCCAGGGACUCAGCUAGAUUUGCAGAAGCCAGAUGUGAUCAAGAGGAAAUUAGAAGAGGUUCAACAGCUGCGUCGCGACAUCGAGGACUUAAGGACCACCAUGUCAGACAGAUACGCCCAGGACAUGGGAGAAAACUGUGUCACACAGUGAAGAAUGCUGGGGGUGAGACACAGGCUGUAUUCCCCUACAGAAGAUCUGGGUUGCUGAGAGCCUAGUCCAGCAGGUUCCUGCCGUGACAAUCUCUUGCCUCCUGUCUGCUGCUAUUCCGAGAGAGAAGAGUUGGAGGGGAGGGAAGAGCCUGCAUCUGGGGUCCAAGGACUGAUUAGGGAACUGUGCCUACCUUACCCCACACUGGCUUUGCCUUGUUGGAUUACGUUUUGUCCUGUUAUCUUAAUUCACUCUUGAGAGUGAAUUACUAAUUAACUUUUGCAGGUACAACUGCUAAGUCCUCACAAACUGUUCCCAGCUCUAGGCUGACAUCAGAGACAAAUAGGCUGCUCACCUUUCUACUCCAUCCUCUGGGAUGGAUCCAUGUUCAUUCCCACUCUAUACCUUGGUCCUGCUGAUUAGAGAGCUCAUUAGAGGGGCCUGGAAAGGCUGAGUACCAGUAACAAUGGCUAUUUGAGAAUUCUCAGGCCUGAUCCCACUGCUUCGUCCUCAGGGCUCUUCUUCUCCCAGUAGCCAAAAUAAUCUGCUCAUUAGCAACAUACCCACUAGCAUUGGGGAGUCUAGGGAUUACAGCCAGGGCUCCUUAAUCUGCCUACCGUGCCAUUUUAAAGGAGACCCCACUCUCCAGCUGCCCUGGGGCCCUGGCCAUGUGCUUCGCACAGCCCCAUUCUCCAUUGUUCUCUGGCCUUCCAGGUAGCGCCCUUCCUGGGCUUUGAAUGCAAACUUUUCUCUGUGGUUCUGGGCUUGGGCAGAAUUUUCCCCCAGAAGGCCACAGGGUAACUGUCAAGCUGCUUACCCCCUCACCCGAGGCUAGAGCCCAUGCCCAGCCUUCUGAUCUGUGCCUCUCUUGUGCUGGGGCAGUGGGAGAGGGGUGUCCUUUCCCCUUCCUGCUCUGGCCUC